AGAAAGUGGUUCAGAAUAUAUUUAAGCGUCUUUUGGGGUAUCGGAUUACUCUAGACAGCCUAGGCAUUCAUCAAACGAAGGUGUAUUUUAAAACAAACACCCAGCAUCGAAAUCAAAAGCGGCUAGCUGCUAUCAUUCAUAUUGUUUUCGAAGGGAACACAAUUCAACUCUUGAUUGGAUCAUUGAACGAUGUAUCAGCAACCAGCCCAACAAACAGGUGUUCAGACUUUUCUCAGUCAACAACCCGCUGUUGAUAGUCCACAAGGCCAUGGCCCUCCCCCGCAGCCAGUCAUGUACCAGAUGUCUCCUGGUCAGCCACAACCGGUGUUUACUGGCCAGCCCGCCAUGGGGCAACAGGGGCAACCUUUGCAGUACUAUGUAGCUGCUGGACAGCCGGGACAACCCGUUCAUAUUCAGGGCGCGCCUGCUCAACCUCCGGAGAGUCAAGAAGAGGAUGUAACAACGAUAAAGAUUGAUAUGAAGUACUUGAAGAGUGCUUUAUUUUUCUCGAGGAUUAUCGAGUUUGUCUUCCUGUCAAUAGCCUGGCCCUGUGCUAUAGUGUACUCAGGCGGAGCGCUCAGCUUGGAUGGCAGAGUUAACUUCUUCAAGGGAAUCACCAUAUUUUCUUGGGUGAUGGUCAUACUCUUCCAAAUCGUGUUUAUGUUUAGCAUCAACAAAAACAAGAAUUAUUUUCGACAGCCUUCAUACUUCACAUUGGUUUCAUUAGGAAUCCAAGUCGUGUUGACGAUUCUACUCAUAACAUGUACGGUGAGCUUUACAACUCGUGUUGUCGAUUUGCAUAAGUUUUACCGCGAUUCCAUCGGCGGUUUCACACUCCCUGGAUCGACCGUGGCCUUGAUUUAUGCUGCCACGAUAUUUGGCAUAAUGUCGUGCGUGGCUUUUCUGGACGACAUUCGGCUCUUGUCGGAAAUGUACGCUGCACAAAGAUCAAAGGAAAUAGCUGUUGCUGCGGGCGUUGCGCAGCAACCAGCUGGGACACAUCCUCAGCAACAGGUUGGCGCGCGGGCUCAGUUUCCAUCACAGCCUGCGCACACUCAAUAGUGACACUGUUUGCGAUAGAUGAGUGUAAAGCAUUGUGUUGUGUGUAGCAAGAUACUUCUACUUAAAGUUAUGUAGGUUAAUAUCUGCAUUAACUUAACUCGAAACAAGUAAAGACAGCUAUGAAGAAGCCUAAAUUAGGAUCAUGUAAUAAAAUAUCAAACGAGCGAAACUUAACUGAAAAAUAUCAUUUCUCAGUUAAGUUUCGCUCGUUUGAUAGUCAUUUACAGACUCUACAGUUUCUGUUUGCGUUUAAUUAGUCAGUUUACGAGUAUACAGAGGUAAACCAUAAACACUCAUAACCAGUGACAAGAUAUAUUCAGCUUUGAGUGAUUAGUAUUAUAAUCAAUAAAAACGGAUAAGUAAAAGGAUGAUCUCUAGUUAGAAACAAUCUGGACUGCAUGUGAUUUAGUAUUGCUACCACUGCAAAAUUUGAGGUGUGUACACACUAAUUUGUAGCACAUCUUCGUUUUUUAUGAUGUUUUAAUUCUUCAAUAAAAAUAAUUUACAA